AUGGGGCUGCCACGAUGGCCAGCGGGCUGGCACGAUAUGCUCCAGUACCACUUCUUCUUCGAAGAUAUGUUUGUACAGGCACGGGUCUUCUUGACCCCAAGUGUGGAGGAGCACUCCCUGUGGAUUUUUGACCAUGCUACAGAGAAGCUGGUUGAGUUGCUUGGGCCUGGAGAAGUCAUGGGCAAUGACCCCCGGCUGUGCUUCCUGCAAUUGGACCUCUCUGACUUCGACUCGGUGAAAAAGGCCGCCAAGGACUCCAUGCGGAAUUCUCCCCGGAAGCGGAAGGAUUUGUCUUCAAUGCUGGGGACGAGCAAACUCGAUGCGUUGAUCCUCAACGCUGGGGCACUUAACUUGGAAAAGGCCAGCACCAAGCAAGGCUUGGAAGCCACCAUGGGCGUGUGCCACUUUGGUCAUUUCCUCUUCACCGCUCUGGCCUGGCCCAUGUUGUCCGCGGAGGCACGGAUAGUGCCGGUGUCCAGCGUGGGACACACAUGGACCAAGAAGGGCAUAGACUUUGAGGAUCUCAAUUGGGAAAAGCGGGACUACGACGCCUACGAGGCUUAUUUCCAAGCCAAAUUGGCCAACGUUUACUUCACCAAGGAGAUCGGUCGUCGCUGCGGGGCCAAAAAUCUGAAGAUCACCGCGGUGACGCUGUCGCCGGGCUUUGGCAGAAGCGGGCUCUACCGCGACUUCUCCGGCUGGCAGGAUUAUCUGACCAGCUUUAUCUCUGAAGAGAACGAGAAGCUGUCCAUCAAUACCAUGAGGGCAGCCACAGAUAUGACCUUGAAAAACGGUGACUACUUGGUCCCCAAGCGCUUCGGAUUCUACGGUCCACCGGUGGUCACUCCACCAUCGGAUCUCUCCGAAGAUGUGAACAUCGCAAAGCAGCUGUGGCCUUCAGCUCCUUCAGCUUCGGCUGCGCUUGACAAAGAGAUGCGACAUGUAGCCGUGUUCCCCUUGUCCAGUGGGGCUCUAGCCCCAAGUUUCGAAGGUCAGAACCAAGCAGGAUCUCACUUGGAGGUUUCUGGUCCUCGACUUCAAAUUUUGGAUGGCCCGGGAGGUGGCCAUGUCUCUCUUGGCAAGGACAUGAAGGUGGAAUUCAAGAAUAAGAAUGUUUUCUCUUGGCUGCCUGCUGGGCAGAGUACAGAUGCCGUGAUCCAUCGCCCAGAUUUGGAGCUCUCCAUGACGUAUGGAGGUCGAACACGCCUGGGUCGCGGAUACUCAAAGCGCUACUUUGGGCACUAUGGGCCUCACUGGGGCUACCGAUUCAUCCAGAGCAGCUGGCUGGGCGACAAGUUCUUAUGGACGGCAGAUGCGACCUUUCGCUUGGGCGACGGGGAGGCCAAGUACAACUACUUCAAGUUGCUGGAUAGCAAUGGUCAACUCACUCAAGCAGACAGCCGCGACACCUACCAGCAGGUGGCCAGCAUCACUCCCCUGGGGGAGUGGCUGCAUGACUACAAGGCGGGUGAGACCAACAGUCGCAUGCAGCUGAGGUACUGCAAACUCCGCCUCUCCUGUGGGGAUGAUGCGCCUCUGGAGGGUUAUGCGCUGAACGAGCGCUGCUUCGGAGUCUUGGGCUAG